AUGAAAGAUGAAAUUAUAAAACAAAAUGCAAUUCCAUUUCUACUCGAAUGUACUAACAAGUUACAUGAUAAAUCAGGCAUAUUAUUAUUUGAAAUUUUAUGGUCUUUGACAUUUCGUGAAGAAGGUGCACUUGCUCUGCGUUCUAAUCGCGAUUUUCUUAAUAAGAUUCAAGCCAUUUCUAAAGAUAGUGACAGUGAACCAUUGAAAAAAGCAGUUGAUGGACUUGUUUGGAAACUUGUACGAGAACCAGAAAAUUUGGAAAGAAUAGCAAAACGAAAAGCAGAAGAAAAUGAUACUACUGGUAAAGGGUUGAAAACGAUAACUGAAGAAAUCGUAAAUAGUGAUGGUCAAAAGCAGCUUGUGACAAAAAUAAUAUCAUCUGCAAAUGAUUCUGGUGAACAAGUGUUUCAAUAUGAUAUGAUGAUUUCGUAUUGUCAUGCUGAUCAAGAGUUAAUUCGCAAAAUACAUAAAUUUCUUGUUGAUCAAGGUUUUAAAAUAUGGAUUGAUUUGAAUAAUAUGUAUGGACCAGCUAUGAGUGCUAUGGCUGAUGCUGUUGAAAAUUCAGAAUUUGUCAUUAUGUGUAUGUCAGAUUCGUAUAAACGAAGUACAUAUUGUCAAGCUGAAGCUGAAUAUGCAUUUAAUUGUAAACGACGUCUUCUUCCGUUGAUAGUGCGAGAAGGAUAUAGACCAGAUGGUUGGUUAGGAUUUAUGAUUGGAUCAAGAAUAUAUGUAGAUUUUGGUCGAUUUGAUUUUAAUACAGCUUGUGAAAAGUUAAUUGCAGAAAUUAGUCUUCAACGAAAACAACCUCUUCCAUCGAAAGCAGUCCAAAUCAGUCAGCAAGAAAAGCCAACUGAAAUAAUUUCUAAUAAACUAGAAAUACCUACAACUCAUGAUUAUGAUGUAGUUUCUGUGGAUACGAAUCGAAAAACAACGUCAAAUUUUAUUAGAAAAUAUGUAUAUGAAUGGACAGAUACUGAUGUAUUGGAUUUUCUUUCUACUGAACAUUUAAGUGAAUUAAUGCCAAUAUGUAAAACAACGAAUGGUCCAGCACUUAUACAAUUAUACAGAAUGUGUAAAUAUCAAAGUAGUCAAACAUAUACUAUUCUUAAUGAUGAGUUGAAAUCGACAUAUAACAUGAAAUUACCUAUUACAACUUUUACUCGAUUUUUAAGUGCUAUGGAACAAAGAUUAGCUACACAUCCACUAACAUCAUUUCGAAUAGUAUCAGAAUUGUCUGAAGAAACAUUUCCUACUACUCCACAUAAAUAUAUUUCAUAUACUCCUAAAACAUCAAUGGUUAAUAAUGAUUCAUUUCAAUCUGACUCAUAUGCUGAUCAACCAUACUCUACUCAACGAUAUUCUAAUCUACCAUAUGAUCUUACAAUUACUUCUAAUGCUUCAAGUCUACAGCUUUUAAAAGCAGUGGAACAUUAUGGUCCGAACUUGGAAAAAUUGCAAUCUAUUUAA